GGAGGUGGAAGAUCGCGUGGAGUCUCUGAGGAAGCACUCCUCCCCCCACUUCUCCACAAACUGGUGUCUGUGUUUGUGGUAAAGCCAGUGACACGGGGAGGUGCCCUACAAGAGGAGCAGGACCCGGCAAGGUCAGAUUGCGAGGCGGCCAGCCACAUAAAGCGGGGUGUGAAGAGUGCUUCAGCAGCUGCCCCACCAUGACCUCCUGGGCCCUCCUGCUCCUUGCCUCAGUGCUCCUGGCCACCCCGGGGCUGACUUUUUGUGGUCUGAUCCCUGAGGACCAUGACCUGGACAUGGCUGACAGGUGUCAGGAUGAGAAGUUCUUCCAGAUGCUGGCCCAGGAGACCCCCCUAGGUUCACUGCUGAACAAAACUGAAGGGCUGAUUUACAACUUUUGGCCCUCUUGGAAGAUAAUGUCUCUGCUGAAGAAAAUGGUGGGAGAGGAGGCCAGUCAGGAAACCACGAAAGGGGCUGUAUUCCUGGUGUGCAUGGAGGUGAUGUUGCUGAGAGGUUUCUGCAUGAGAAUGGUGACCAGAUUCGUUAGUCUCAUCUCCCAGGCAUCCUUUGUGGCAAAACUCCCAGGGAAAUCUGUGUGACACUCAGAAUAUGCUGCCAUCAGGUCUCUGAGCCUCUGGGGUCUCUGACGCCACCCUGGGGAGAAGCACAGAGUCUCCCACAACCACCACCUGCUUCUGCCCUCCCAGAUCCAGAGCCGACCCUCCAGUGUCUCUCAGCUAACUUCUCAUUGCCUUCCCCUGAGGGAGAAUAAAUGUCAUGCAAGCUUUUA